AUGAAGCGAUACUACAUGAUUGAAAGAGCCAAGGAUGCUCACGUGGUAGGAAUUUUAGUGGGGUCUCUUGGUGUCGCUGACUACCUUUCUACUAUUGGACAUCUUAAAUCAAUUGUCAAGCAAGCUGGCAAGAAAAGCUACACUUUUGUAAUUGGUAAACUGAAUGCUGCCAAGUUAGCUAAUAUCAUGGAGGUGGAUAUAUAUGUACUUGUAGCCUGUCCAGAAAACUCUCUGCUGGAUUCCAGUGAGUUUUAUAGGCCAGUAUUAACACCAUUCCAGAUGGAGGUUGCUUGCAAUCAAGUAAGGAAAUGGACCGGAGAGUACAUUACUGACUUCAGGGACCUGCUUCCAGGUGCUUGCUGCCAGGUUGAAUUUCCAGAUGAGGCCUUCAGUGGUGAGGACGCUGAUGUCUCUCUCGUAACUGGAGCCCUGCGCGCAACACACUUGCUAGAGUCGGAGUGGCAGAACAAAGCAUCAAGCGCAUCUCUGAUCCACAGGAAUGAUGCCUUAGCAAUCACCCAGUCACACUCAGCAGCCUCAUUGUUAGCAACUAGGAGCUGGCAGGGGCUGGAGCAGAAACUAGGAGAGACUUCUGUAUCAAAAGCAGUGGAAGGGCGAAAGGGCAUUGCGAUUGACUCUGAGGGAGAGAACACAAGUUGA